CCAAGAGAAACCCAAUAGUUUUGUCUGUAAAGUUUUGACUAUUUGUUGAUGGUACAAACCCUUCUCCAUUAUAGUAGCAUUAAUUCACACUCGUCUGUUUCGAUGUACUCUGAGAAUGCACUUAAUUCAUUUUCAUAUGCCUUAUUUCUCCUUCCUUUGCUUGUUUGUUCUCAUUGUCUCCCUUCCAUCCAUCUCAACAUUAGCCUUAUUUCUGAUUACCUUCCUUUUGAGUUUGUGUUCUCUAUUGUCAGUUUUGAACUUAUUUUGCUUUCUCAGGUUGAUCUUGUGCAUGAAGAAGUUUCUGUAUCUGAUACAGUUUGUGAAAAAAGAUAUAGGCGCUUGCAAAAUCAAAGUGGAUCCAAGGAGUCAGGUAGUAUAUUCGAGUUGGUUGAUCAAUCUCAGGACACCUCUUUAUUUGGAACACUAGACCCAGGAAGAAUAUUCAACAAAGUUACUCCACUGUACCAAAGAAUUCUAUCAGCUCUCAUUGUAGAAGAUGAUAUUGAAGAAUACGAAGAAAUUGAUGCAGGGAGAAAUGUGUUGCUUCAGAAUGCUACUGGCGAUUCACCUCUCAAUGCACACCUACUCAUUGAUACUGAACCUAAAAGGAGGGAUGGGUUAGAAUUUGAAUGUGAGAUGAUGUUUGGCGUUCAAACUCAGGACCAUGGUACUGGAAGCAGAUUAGUUUCUUGCAACGGGAAUAUUACUUUUGGUAGAAGCACCAGUAUCCAAAAUCCCCCAUGUAAUAAUGACCUAUUGGUAGGGGAUAGUGUAUCUAUGCAUUCACAUGUCGAGGUGUUGGCUAAGCUUUCAAGAAAUGAUCUGGAAGGACCACAGAGUAUAGGAAAGAAUGGUUUUGGCUUUUGUUCCGUUGAUUGCCAAUUUGAGAAAAUGUGUCUAGAUGAUAAACUGUUGCUGGAGCUGCAGAGUAUCGGCCUAUAUCCAGAAGCAGUGCCUGACUUAGAUGAUAGAGAGGAUGAAGUGCUCAAUCAAGAAAUUGUGCAGCUGAAGAGGGGACUUUAUGAACAGAUUGGUAAAAAGAAGAUGUGCUUAGGCAAAAUAUAUGAAAUCAUUCAGGGAGGGAAGGAAGUGGCAGGACGGGACCUUGAACAGAUUGCAAUGGAUAGAAUGGUGGAGUUGGCUUACAAAAAGCUGUUGGCUACUAGAGGAGGUAGUGCUGCUAAAAGUAGGGUUGCUAAGGUGUCAAAACAAGUUGCCUUGGUUUUUGUGAAGAGGACUCUUGCUAGAUGUAGGCAAUUUGAAGAUUCAGGGACAAGUUGCUUUAUUGAGCCUGCACUUCGGGAUAUUAUUUUUGCUGCACCUCUUCGAUGCAAUGAGUUAGAAGCUACAACUUGUGCUGGCCUGGAAGGUUCUAACUGUUCCUUCGUCAGUAGUGCUGAUGGGGGUCCGUUAUCUGCAGUUGAAGUUUUGAGUGAUCAAGCUUUUGCCAAAAAAGGACCAAUAUCAAACAGAGGGAAGAAAAAGGAAGUAUUUAUUGAUGACGUAGUUGGCAAUGCUGCCUUGAGAACCUCAUCAACUCUUGGUACCUCUCCUUUGUGUGGAACAAAGGGAAAGAGAAGCGAAAGAGAGAGGGACAAAGAUACUUCAACCAGAAAUGCUCUUCCCAAAUCCGGAUGCUCAUCUAUGUGUAGCUUUAAGGGUGAGCGCAAAAUGAAAACGAAAACGAAACCUAAGCAGAAAACAGCUCAGCUAUCAACAUCUGGAAAUGGAUUUUCUAGCCCAUUCACGGAAACAACACAUCCUGUGUGUACUUCAGCUAGUGGUUCUACUGAAUUAGUCAAUAGUAGUGGCAACAGAAAAAGAGAGGUUGGGUUCAUGUCUCCUGGUAACAUUCCUCAGGAUUCAUCGAUGGAUAACAGAGAACCAAUGGGGUUUGCAAACUUGGAGCUUCAUAGGUUAGAUCCGAUGGAAGAACUAAAUGUAGGUGCUGACGUUGAUGGAAAUCAAGAUCUCUGUUCGUGGUUGAACUUUGAUGAGGAUGGUUUACAAGACCAUGAUUCAAUGGGCCUUGAAAUACCUAUGGAUGACCUUUCAGAGUUGAACAUGUUUUGA